AUGGCGACCGCGACCGCCACCGUCACCAAGACGCGGACCUCUAAUGUCAACCUGCCCCCCGAGAACGAGCGCUUCCUGCGAUGCUGCGCAGACAUCGCCAACGCCCUGAUCGAGGACCAUGAGGCCGUCCGCGAUCCCAAGAAGCCCCAGAGAGAUCUGAACCUCAACUCCCUGCGCAACAAGUUUGCGCGCAAGCACAAGCUCGCCAACAUCCCGCCCUUGACAGCCAUCAUCGCGGCCAUUCCCGAGCACUACAAGAAGUACAUUCUACCGAAGCUCAUUGCGAAGCCAAUCCGCACAUCAUCUGGUAUCGCCGUCGUUGCCGUCAUGUGCAAGCCUCACAGGUGUCCGCACAUCGCCUACACCGGCAACAUCUGCGUCUACUGCCCAGGCGGCCCCGACUCCGACUUUGAGUACAGCACACAAUCCUACACCGGAUACGAGCCGACAUCGAUGCGCGCCAUUCGAGCACGAUACGACCCCUUCGAGCAGGCACGCGGCCGCGUCGACCAGCUCAAGUCCCUCGGCCACUCCGUCGACAAGGUCGAGUACAUCAUCAUGGGCGGCACCUUCAUGUCCCUGCCGGUCUCUUACAGAGAAGACUUCAUCGCACAGCUGCACAACGCUCUGAGCGGCUACCAGACGUCGAACGUGGACGAGGCAGUGGAGGCCAGCGAGAUGAGCAACAUCAAGUGCGUCGGCAUCACGAUCGAGACGAGACCAGACUACUGCUGGCAGCCCCACUUGACCGACAUGCUGCGGUACGGAUGCACGAGACUGGAGAUUGGAGUGCAGUCGCUUUACGAGGACGUUGCGAGAGACACAAAUCGCGGCCACACGGUUGCUGCCGUCGCCGAGACCUUCUGCCUCGCCAAGGACGCUGGAUUCAAGGUCGUCAGCCACAUGAUGCCCGACCUGCCGAACGUGGGCAUGGAGAGAGACCUGGACCAGUUUAGGGAGUACUUUGAGAGUCCCGCCUUCCGAACGGACGGCCUCAAGAUUUACCCGACGCUUGUUAUCAGAGGCACAGGUCUCUACGAGCUGUGGCGCACAGGACGUUACCAGAAUUACACACCAAACGGGCUCAUCGAUUUAGUCGCGAGGAUAUUGGCAUUGAUCCCGCCAUGGACCCGUAUCUACCGUGUCCAGCGAGAUAUCCCUAUGCCCCUGGUUACCUCCGGCGUUGAGAACGGCAACCUCCGCGAGUUGGCGCUGGCGAGGAUGAAGGACUUCGGCACCACAUGUCGAGACGUGAGGACGCGCGAGGUGGGCGUGAACGAGGUGAAGAACAAGAUCCGGCCGAAUCAGAUUGAGCUGGUGCGACGAGACUACACGGCCAACGGCGGCUGGGAGACGUUCCUCGCCUAUGAGGACCCGAAGCAGGACAUCCUCGUGGCCCUGCUGCGUCUGCGCAAGUGUACCGAGAAGUACACCUACCGCGAGGAGCUCGUCGGCCAGCCGACCAGUCUCGUGAGAGAGCUGCACGUGUACGGUACAGCGGUGCCGGUGCACGCGCGCGACCCGAAGAAGUUCCAGCACCAGGGAUUCGGCACGCUCCUCAUGGAGGAGGCGGAGAGGAUAGCGAGGGACGAGCAUGGCAGUGAGAAGAUUAGUGUCAUUUCUGGUGUUGGUGUGAGGAGUUACUACGCCAAGCUUGGGUAUUGGCUUGACGGGCCGUAUAUGAGCAAGUGGCUCGACGGUCGACCCGGACCGGACCAGGCUUGA